UAAAAUACAUGAUACCGCUUCCGGCAGCCAGUCGUAUCGGUUUGGCCGAGUUUCGUGGUUUCGUCUUGCUUGAAUUUGCGGCUGUGCGUUCUGUAAUACACAUUCCUCACGUUUCCUCGACGUAACAAAAGCGAAAAUGAUCAUUUCACGAGCGGCAAGCAUCGCUAUAAGAAGGCUUCAGAAUGCGGCAGGAUGUUCUGCAAGAUCGAAGCAUACUCUGCCAGACCUACCGUAUGACUACAACGCCUUGGCGCCCGUUAUUUCUGGGGACCUUAUGCACGUCCACCAUGACAAACAUCAUGCUGCGUACGUCAACAAGCUGAAUGCUGCAGAACAGGCUCUGCAGGAGGGACUAGCAAAGAACUGCCCUCAGACUAUUAUAUCAGCAUCCGCACAGAUAAAAUUCAACGGGGGUGGUCAUCUGAACCACAGUAUCUACUGGACCAACCUAUCUCCUAAUGGCGGUGGCGAACCAACUGGUGACCUUCUUGAGUCUAUCAACAAGGAUUUUGGCAACUUUGAAACAAUGAAGACAAUGAUGUCAGCCAUGGCAGUUGAUGUUCAAGGUUCUGGAUGGGCAUGGCUUGGCUACAAUCCAAAAACCUUAAGAUUGCAAGUUGCUGCCACAAAAGACCAGGACACUGUUCGGGAUGUUGCAGGUCUUGUCCCUCUACUUGCAAUUGAUGUGUGGGAACACGCCUACUAUCUGCAGUACAGAAAUGUGCGUCCAGACUAUGUGAAAGCUAUCUGGGAUAUCAUCAACUGGAACAACAUUGCGGAAAGGCUGCAGAAAGCACGUGCUGCUUGAGUUGUUGUGUUUAGUUUGUUGUUGCAUUUGUACAUGUAUAUGCCGGUGCAUAGAACGUUUCAAUAAAACAGAAGGGGCAGAUAAA